AAUUUGUCUUGGUGCAUAUGCUCUCAGUGUACAUAAAAGAAAAGAUACGUUCAUCAAGGUACAACAUUUACAACACAAUUGAUGGUCAAUAUAUCAAUAUAAAUCAUAAAGAUUGCCAGCAACAAGUUAUAGUCAUACAGUCAUAAGUGGAAAGAGAUUGGUGAUGGGAACUAUGAAACGAUUAAUAGUAGUGCAGAUUCAGUAAAUAGUCUGACAGUGUUGAGGGAAUUAUUUGUUUAGCAGAGUGAUGGCCUUCGGGAAAAAACUGUUCUUGUGUCUAGUUGUUCUGGUGUGCAGUGCUCUAUAGCGUCGUUUUGAGGAUAGGAGUUGAAACAGUUUAUGUCCAGGAUGCGAGGGAUCUGCAAAUAUUUUCACGGCCCUCUUCUUGAUUCGUGCAGUAUACAGGUCCUCAAUGGAAGGCAAUCCAUUGCUUCGGGUGCAAAAGAGGCCCGCGCAGCCUAAACCAGGGCACCGCUCCGGAAGUAAUGGCGGGGACCCCACUGAUGAAAGAGGAAGGCGCGUCUCCUCCUCGCCCGCCGUAAACGUGGCGUUUCUAAGGUCUCCUUCUUGCGCCUGCCAGGAGCAACCAACAACUUCCUUCGGGUGCGCAUGCGCUUUCUUCCUCUUUCUCCCCCCCCCCCGCUCCCGUGCCGCCGUCUAUGGCUUGCAAACCUGGGCGGUCGCGUGAGGCGGAGCUAAGGCGGAGCCGAAGCAAAGAGACCAAGCCGGAGACCACCUCGCCCGGCCUUUGCUUCAACCCCUCCUUCUCUCCCUUCCCCUCCGCGGCGGCGGCGGCGGCAUGGAGAACCCUGAGGCGGCAGUAGCCGCCGCCAACGGGAAUUCCUCCGCUUCGAACCCGACCGCCGCCUGCCUGGGCGGCUUCCGCAAAGGCGCGAGGAGACGCUGCGAUUCCGAGGAGAAACCGCUGAGCGAUUCUAAGGCGGCCGGCGAGGCGCAGCCACCGCGCCCGCGCUCUCCUCGGCCUCAGCCGCCGGCGCGGUUGUCGUCUUCGGGCUCCGAGGAAGCGGUGCCGGACCACCCGGAAGGUCCGCAGCACUUGCCCCCCCCGCCGCCGCCUCUCCCUCACCGGCGUCCGCAUCAUCACCACCACCACCACCGCCGCCACCAUUCCCCGCUGAACGCUUCUCCCCUCCAGAGGCGGCGCCGGCGCCGCAGCAACCGCCUCCUGCUCCUCGACCCCGGCGGCGCCGCGCUGAUGGAGGCGGGCGGCGCUGCCGGGCUGCUCUACCCGCCGUUGGGCCGGGUGGAAGACGGGGAGGCGGAGGACGACGACGACGACGACGACGAGGACGAUGACGACGACGACGAGCUGGACGAAGCCGGCGACGAGGAAGGCGCCGGCGACUUGGCUAGCAGCGAGAGCGCCGGCAGCGGCUUUUCCACCCAAGGCUGCGCCCUGGCCGAGCGCCGCAAGCGAGCCCGCGGAUCCGGGAGCGGGCUGAGCGGCGGCGGCAUCUCGACUUCCUCCUGCAUCGGCCGCAAUUACGAGGUGGUCCGCGAGCUGGGAGCCGAGGAGGUGCGCUGGUUCUACCGCGAGGACCGCAAGAGCUGGAAGCCGUUUAUCGGCUACGACUCGCUGCGCAUCGAACUGGCCUAUCGCGCCCUUCUGCUUCCCGGCGACCAAGGCUCGCCCAGCCCCACCACCGAUAGGCCUGAGAAACUCGCGCCUUCUCCGAGCAUCCCGACCCCGGAGCCCGUUUGCGUCCGUGGCGGUCUCUACGAAGUGGAUGUCGCCCACUCCGAGUGCUACCCGGUCUAUUGGAACCAAUCUGAAAAGAUUCCUGUGAUGCGUGGACAAUGGUUUAUUGAUGGCACAUGGCAACCACUAGAAGAAGAAGAAAGUAAUCUGAUAGAAGAGGAACAUCUCCGCUGUUUCAAGGGGCAACAGAUGCAGAACUUUGACACAAAUGUCUCAAAACCUAUAGAUAGGAAAGAGGCUGUUCAUAGUUUGAAGCUGAGUCGCAACCAUGUAGAUUGGCAUAGUGUCGAAGAGGUAUAUCUGUAUAGUGAUGCAACAACUUCAAAAAUUGCAAGAACCGUCUCUCAGAAGCUAGGUUUUUCUAAAGCUUCAAGUAGUGGGACCAGACUUCAUAGAGGCUAUGUUGAAGAAGCUUCAUUAGAAGACAAGCCUUCUCCAACAACUCACAUUGUGUUUGUUGUGCAUGGCAUUGGACAGAAAAUAGAGCAAGGAAGGAUUAUAAGAAAUACUGCCAUGAUGCGGGAAACUGCAAGGAAAAUUGAAGACAAAUAUUUUAGCAACCUUGCAACACAUGUUGAAUUCUUGCCAGUAGAAUGGCGAUCUAAACUUACACUUGAUGGAGACACUGUUGACUCUAUUACUCCAGAUAAAGUUCGUGGACUAAGGGAUUUGCUUAACAGCAGUGCAAUGGACAUAAUGUAUUACACAAGUCCCCUCUAUAGAGAUGAGCUGGUAAAAGGCCUUCAGCAAGAGAUGAAUCGUUUGUACACACUUUUCUGUUCCCGAAAUCCAGAAUUUACAGAAAAAAAUGGAAAAGUAUCUAUUGUAUCACAUUCCUUAGGGUGUGUGAUUACGUAUGAUAUCAUGACAGGAUGGAAUCCAGUCAGGCUCUAUGAACAGCUACUUGAGAAGGAAUAUGAUGUUCUCGAGCACUCUUGGAUGACCUACGAGGAGCAGCGUUUGCUAGAAGAGUUUUACUUAACCAAGAAACAGCUGAGGGAGAUAGAAGAUAGAUUGCAUGGACUAAAAACAUCAACUGUAGCCAAAACACCUGCCUUAAAAUUCAAGGUGGACAAUUUCUUCUGUAUGGGAUCUCCAUUAGCAGUGUUUUUGGCCUUGCGUGGCAUCCGUCCAGGAAACAGUGGAAGUCAAGAUCACAUUCUACCCAGAAAAAUUUGUAACCGGUUACUAAACAUUUUUCAUCCAACAGAUCCAGUGGCCUAUAGACUAGAACCUUUAAUUCUGAAGCACUACAGUAAUAUUUCUCCUGUGCAAAUACAUUGGUAUAACACCACAAAUCCACUACCUUACGAACACAUGAAGCCAAGCUUUCUCAAUCCAGCAAAAGAAUCUACCUCUGUUUCUGACCCUGAAUCUCUCACAACAUUACCCAGUCCAACAACAUCCCCUGUCAUGUCUCGGCGGCAUUAUGGGGAGUCCAUAACAAAUAUAGGCAAAGCAAGCAUAUUGGGGGCAGCUAGCAUUGGAAAAGGCCUUGGAGGGAUGCUGUUCUCGAGAUUUGGACGUUCCAAUCUGUCCACCUCACAAGUGCCUGAGCCAGGAAAAGAAGGAACAGAAGUGGAGGACAAGAAGCUAGUUCUGAGUCAAACAUCAGUCGGGACUCAGACUUUUCCACACAGCAGUUCUGGCUUUCUAGAUCCAACAAUUGAGCUGGACCACAGGAUCGACUUUGAGCUCAGGGAAGGCCUGGUGGAAAGCAGGUACUGGUCUGCCGUUACAUCGCAUACAGCUUACUGGUCAUCAAUGGACAUCGCUCUUUUCCUUCUUACCUUCAUGUACAAGCAGGACCAAGAGGAGGAUGACAUCAAGGCCCGCUUAGAUCCUGUUUGAUUAGGUAGGGAUAGGGCAGGAAUUAGGGAGGAGUGGGAAGGGGAGAAAGGAUGAAACAUGACAGUUGGCACAAAAGCAGUCAGACAACAUCUGUUUUAGGGCAUGGUGGUUUCAGUUUAAAUGCAUGUCUGAUUUCCUUCCUUCCAAGAUUAUUUGUCCUUCACUGCACAUAUCCAUUUCUGUGCUAAUUGAGGCCUUCUUGAAAGAUCAUUCUCAGCUCCCACCCUUCCAGCUUUCAAACAAGCCAGCAGUAGUUGUUUUAGCAUCCAUGUAGAAUAACAUCUUUGCAGAUUAACAUAUCUGUUUACAAAUAGCUUUUUUUUAAAAUACAGAGAUUAAUCUGUUACAAUGGAAUUUGUUUUCGUUUAAGAGAAAUGCCUGCAGAUCUAAAAGAGCCAUGUUCUGUGUCCUUUGUAUGAGUUAAAUUAAGAAGCAAAUGGGUACUCGAUUCAAUUGCAUUGAAACCCUAUCAAGUAAGCGGCAGAUACAAAGGGUGGAACAAAACUCAUUCCAUGUACUAAAACUGGCAAGCAGUCCUUAAUGUUUGGAAAUAUUGUAACAAUAAUUUAUUAUUACCUCUUACUAUUUGUUUUCUCCAAUGUAUUAAAAAUGUUAGUUUUCUACAGUUUUUUCCUUUUUGUUUUCUUUGAAAGCAGAGGAACAUAAUUUAAAAAAAAAACCACAUUUAUUUUCUACAGUGUUAAAACUUUAUUCCUCAAAUGACGUAUGUCAUACCUUUGUACUAUUUCAAUGGAGCUAUGGACACUGUGGCACACUUUUCAGUAUUUUUUUCAUUAAAAAUAAACUUUUGUGAUAUCACACAAGCAUUAUUUGUUAAAUCCUGUUUCUCCCAGAUACGAUACCCUUUCUCUUUGAUUUUGGCAUAUGUUCAUUUUGCAAAAUACCUGCACUCAACUUCUUGGAGACAUAAGUGGUGGAAAGUAAGUCUUAAUUUGUGGUUCCUCGGUAUCAAGCAGAUUCUUAAGAUGAGCCUUUGACUUUGAACAAUUAGACCAUUGUUAAGCUCUUUUGAUAAAAUGAUGCUGGCCAGUAUCCAAAGAAGAGGCAUUCCUACUCAACUACUCAACGUAUUUUUCUUUCAGCUAUUCAGGCUGUAAAUGAAGCCAUCUGCUUUUUACACUCUAGGGUGUUUGCUUCUUCACAAGGGCAACUGCUGCAGUACAAAACACUUAACAGUAUUUCUUCAUUCCUUCUUCAGCAAGACCUC